AGAGACGCACGCGGCGUCGGCCUGCCCGGGCGCGACGCCGUCGACGGUGUCGACGGUGCCGACGCGGCAGUUGGGUCAGGCAGUGGAGGUGCGCUGCCUCUAAAGGCGGUGUUGUGCGUGAGCCGGGGCCGGGCGGAGCGCAGCCGACGGCUCGGACCAUUGAGCGAGGUUUGUGUAAAUGUUUACUCAGUGGAAGCUAUAAACUACAGGUCUCUCUAGUGAUCGGAGCGCUGCCGCGGUGGCUGGCGCGCUGUGAGAGGAGGUGAGAGGAGCUCGGUGAGAGGAGGUGAGCAGUGGUGCUGCUGCGCCAGUGGUGAGAAGGUGCAGGAAAGAGGAGGCCAGCAGUAGCACUAACUGGUGCCGAGUGGUGUUGCGAGAAGUUGAGCUAAGUGUGCGGCUCCCAGCCUGCCACCCAGUCCGUGGUGUAAAAGUCGCAGCGAGUGGUGAAUCUCGAGUGCCUUCAGUGCAGGGAGAAUGUGACGACUGCUGUGAGAGGUUUGUGGGGAAACAACACUCCAGUGCUGCUGAGUGUUGGGCGAACGGAGAGCCGAGUGUCAGGGAAGUGCAAGAGUGCCUUUGGAGUGCCCGCAGUGUGAUUUGUGGUUGAUAUUUGCAUCUAUUUGGUGUGAUAACGUGAUAACACAGCUGUUGGUGUGAAAGAAAACCACUUGGUGGUGUGGUGACCAUCUGUUGUCCACCCAGCCGGCCCUCGGCGGUGGAGGGUACCCUCUGGGCGGCGCUGCGGCGAGUGGACGACCGUAGCCGGACAGGGCCGGGGACCGGACGGAGGCAGCCGGCGGGUGGCCGGGGCGGCACGGCGUGCACGACCGGCCGCCAGUCGUAGUCCCGCGGUGAGCCGGAGCGCAGUGACGCGCGAACCCGCCCGCAGGCCGCCCGAGCGCCGUCCGUACCGCCCGCGUGCCGUGAUCAUCACCCCCCGGGCACAUCAGACUCAAUCUGACCAGUCAGGAACUCGAGGAGGUUUGAGGUAGCCAGUCGACCUAUCUAGCUGUCGGUGACUCUUGACGUGCCCGUGACCUCCCGUGACGCGGCGACACGGCCAGGUCUGUGGUGGAGGAACUCGUGACCGGCGUCACGGCUAGCGCCAGUCUCGGCCGACGGGGGGCCUGCGCGAGCCCUCCGGGCGGCGCCAUGAGGACCAUUGAGGAGCGCGAGGACACUGCCAGCGAGGCCGACACGGCCGAGACACCGUUCCCGGCAGCACAGCCCAUCAACUACGCCCAGCUGCUGCUCGAGAAACGAAAACGGUUUCGGAAGACCCUCAGCCUGCCGCAGAUCAUCGGCAGACCUUUCGACGUUGAAAAUGGCGGCGUACACGGACGUGGUGACGGCUCGUCACCAUCCACGGGCCUGGUUCUGCAGAGCCUGCCGCAACGACGCGAGUCGUUCAUCUACAAAUCCGACUCGGACUUUGAAAUGUCGCCCAAGACCAUGUCCAGGAACUCUAGCAUCGCUAGCGAUGGAUGCAGCGGAAUCCACGGUCUCCGCGCAGAGCACGCGCAAUCUCGGCACGGAGAAGAUCUGAUCGUCACACCAUUCGCCCAGAUCCUGGCCAGUUUACGAAGUGUACGGAAUAAUUAUAUCUCGCUCACCAACGUACCCACCAACAAGUCGCGUCGCUCAUCGUCGACGGUGGCAGGUAACGCCACCCCGCAGCCCAAGCACGUCCAGCCCGGAGAUGAGGCCUUCGUCAAGCUGUCGAUCGACACGUUGGAGGAGCUGGACUGGUGUCUGGACCAGCUGGAGACGAUCCAGACGCACCGCAGCGUCUCCGACAUGGCCACCAGCAAGUUCAAGAGGAUGCUGAACAAGGAACUCAGCCAUUUCUCCGAGUCGAGCAAAUCCGGAAAUCAAAUCUCUGAGUACAUCUGCUCCACUUUUCUUGACCCGCGACAGGAGAUGGACAUGCCGUCCCAGGAGGAGGUCGACGCCGGCCAGGGCAAGGGCAAUACGACGGGCCGCUCCAGUCGCGAGCGCAGCACCAUGAGCCAGAUCACGGGCAUCAAGAAACCGCUGUGUCACGCCAACAGCCUGCUGGCAGAGACAGUGCCCAAGUACGGCGUGGAGACGACCCAGGAGGUGGAGCUGGGGAAGGCGCUGGAAGAUCUGGACAAGUGGGGUGUGGACAUUUUCCGGAUAACAGACCUCUCGGGCGGCCGGCCCCUCACCUGUGUUAUGUACUCGAUAUUUGUGGAGCGGGAUCUGCUGAAGACGUUCAAGAUGUGUCCGAAGACGUUCAUCACGUUCAUGAUGACGCUGGAGGACCACUACCUGAAGGACGCUCCGUACCACAACCGGGUACACGCGGCCGACGUGGUGCAGUCGACGAACGUGCUGCUCAACUCGCCGGCUCUGGAGUCGGUGUUCACCAGCCUGGAGGUGCUGUCGGCGCUGUUUGCCUCUGCCAUCCACGACGUGGACCAUCCGGGCCUCACUAACCAGUUCCUCAUCAACACCAGCUCUGAACUGGCGCUGAUGUACAAUGACGAAUCUGUCCUGGAGAACCACCACCUGGCCGUGGCCUUCAAACUGCUGCAGAAUGAGAACUGCGACAUCUUCGCCAACCUCAGCAAGAAGCAGCGACAGUCGCUGCGGAAGAUGGUCAUAGACAUGGUCCUCGCCACGGACAUGUCGAAACACAUGAGCCUGCUGGCCGACCUGAAGACGAUGGUGGAGACGAAGAAGGUGGCCGGGUCCGGCGUCCUGCUACUCGACAACUACACUGACCGGAUACAGGUCCUACAGAACAUGGUGCACUGCUCUGACCUGAGCAGCCCCACCAAACCGCUGGAGAUCUACCAGCGCUGGGUGGGCCUCGUUAUGGAGGAGUUCUUCCACCAGGGCGACCGGGAGCGGGAGAUCGGCAUGGACAUCUCACCCAUGUGUGACCGGCACAACGCCACCGUGGAAAAGUCGCAGGUGGGCUUCAUGGACUACAUCGUGCACCCUCUGUGGGAGACGUGGGCCGACCUGGUGCACCCGGACGCCCAGGACAUCCUGGACACGCUGGAGGACAACCGCGACUGGUACCAGUCCAUGAUCCCCAUCAGUCCGAGCAGCAGCUCGCACGAGCUGCGCGAGGACGGCGAGGACGAGCUGCAGGAGGAGCCGGUGCGCGUGCAGAUCACGCUCGAGCGGCCCGAGCAGGGCGCCGCGCCGCCGCGGACCGACGCAGACGCCUCGUGAGGUUGUGAUAGCGCGCGCGCGGCGUUUCGUUACCUCAGCGCGUUUUUGUACGACCGGAGCCGUCUGGUGGCGGGCGGCGCGCGGGCGGAGGGCGCCGCGGCCGCGCCGACUCCCUCGCCGCCGCCGCCGCCGCCGUCAGCCGUGAGCGGACUCCCCCACUCGUGCCAAAGCUGCGUGCGCAAACUGUGGCACAAAUGCCGCCGGUAGAGCGGCCCAUUCGAGACUGCAGCCAUGGAGCGCUCUGUAUUUUUGCAGGAAUUUGACUUAGUCUUGUUUUUCAUGGCGAGCUGAGCGCUGAGUGUUAUUCCGCGGUCGGCAGUGGAACGGUGGCACAAGAGCCCACUAGUGUAGCGGCACCUGGCUGCGCCCGGGCAGCCGCGGACGGGCUGGACCCUCCGCCGCACGAGUGUCUCAGUCCGCACCACGCACACACACAUACACACCGAGCGAGAGUGAGUGAGAGAGCGAGCGAGCGAGAGACACUCUGCACCUGAACCGGGCCCGUCGGCUCGGCACCUGCAUCAACCCAUCUGCCUGUCCCCAGUCAUUUUAGAUAAGUAUUCGUUGUGCGCUUGGGUUUUGGGGCUCUUUGGGUACUUUGCUGGUAUUGCUAAGGCCUACUGCUCGUAGAUACGGUUACAGUUUCGAGACUGUAAGUUUUGAGAUUGUAACUGUCGCGUUCGAUUGUUCGCGGACUGUGUGGCCAGCUGGUCUGCGCCGGACUCAGUCGUUUUUCGUUAAUUUUAAGUUUUACCCUCAUAAAUUUAACCUAUCAGUACAAUUGGUUUAUCCUGUAUGUGCAAUAUGUCCGCAGAGACGCCAUGUUUGGUUCGGAAGCCGUGUCAAAUCGACGGACAGACAGACAUACAAACAGGCAGACUGGCACCCUGGUGUAAAUAUUAAUCCACGUAGGAGCCCCGUUUGAUAUGCUUUCCAGCCCCGUACCAUUCGCACCCCAACUCCGGGUAGGUUGCCACUUAGUGCAUCGUUGAGCUUUAAGUCUACGAUAUAUAGAUGUUUAAGCAGUGGGUGCCCAUUGGUAAACAGACUAUGGUCAGCAGCUGGACAUCUGAAGGUAGCAGGCUCACUCGGCGGCGCGUCCCGGCGCGGAGGGUCAUGUCGGUACCGUUUCGGGGUCACCUACCCCCUUCAGUGCCGCCCCCGCCGGCCCAGUUUCGGUGAAAGUCGCUCCUGCCGACAUCGUUCAUCGUCAGAGAGCAAAUGGGUACCUGUAUGUUAUAACUAACGCAGAAAAUAAUAAAUGUAUGUUUUAAGA